AGCGGGACACUUCUUCUCUCAAAGCUCGGGACUAGGAGGGAGCAGCAGUGCUCUAUGCGUGAAGUCCAACUGACAGGGGAGAGUGUUGUUGGGGUAAAAAGGCGUUACAGAAUCUUCGUCAUUUUCUUUAUAUUUAAACGGAUUUUUGUAUUAGAGUAGCUAACGAAAUUCAGUUGAUGUCUUUUUGCCAGGUCAACCUAACACGCUGGCAAUUUAACUAAGCGAGCAACACACACAGGGCAACAGACUAGCCAGCACCCCGUUAUUUUGACCGAAACGAACAGUUGCUAAACAGCUUGUUCUCAACAGAGUAGUUGUGUUUGCUGAAUCAGCCACAACAUAUAUUAAUUUACCAGGAAAUAACGCAUAGAACGAUACAUUGUAAGUAUGUUCAGCUGGUCAAAUAAGGACGGGAAGAAGAAAGAUCCCGAACUCUUUCAGACUGUCUCGGAUGGGCUGAAACGUCUGUACAAACAAAAACUCUUUCCUCUAGAAGACGCAUAUCGCUUCCACGAUUUUCACUCGCCGGCUUUAGAAGAUGCUGACUUUGACAACAAGCCCAUGGUGCUUUUGGUCGGCCAGUAUUCCACAGGCAAAACUACAUUCAUUAGGCAUCUUAUGGAGCAAGACUUUCCUGGUAUGAGGAUAGGCCCCGAACCGACCACCGAUUCUUUCAUUGCGGUUAUGUACGGAGAGCAGGAGGGACUGGUGCCAGGCAAUGCAUUGGUUGUUGAUCCUAAAAAGCCGUUCCGAAAGCUUAACGCUUUUGGCAACGCCUUCCUGAACAGGUUUGUGUGUGCCCAGAUGCCCAACCCUGUGCUGGACAGCAUCAGCAUCAUCGACACCCCAGGAAUCCUGUCUGGAGAGAAGCAGAGGAUCAGUAGAGGUUAUGACUUUGCCGCCGUGCUGGAGUGGUUCGCCGAGCGCGUGGACCGCAUCAUCCUGCUGUUCGACGCCCACAAGCUGGACAUCUCGGACGAGUUCUCGGAGGUGAUCCGCGCGCUCAAGAACCACGAGGACAAGAUGCGCGUGGUGCUCAACAAGGCCGACCAGAUCGGCACGCAGCAGCUGAUGCGCGUCUACGGCGCCCUCAUGUGGUCGCUGGGCAAGAUCGUCAACACGCCCGAGGUCAUCCGCGUCUACAUCGGCUCCUUCUGGGCGCAGCCGCUGCUGGUGGCCGAGAACCGCAAGCUGUUCGAGGCCGAGGAGCAGGACCUGUUCCGCGACAUCCAGGGCCUGCCCAGGAACGCUGCCCUGAGGAAGCUGAACGAUCUCAUCAAGCGUGCCCGCCUGGCCAAGGUCCAUGCCUACAUCAUUAGUGCUCUGAAGAAGGAGAUGCCCAACAUGUUUGGGAAGGAAAACAAGAAGAAGGAGCUCAUUGCCAACUUGGGCGAAAUCUACACCAAAAUUGAGAAAGAGCACCAGAUAUCACCUGGGGACUUCCCUAAGCUGGCCAAAAUGCAGGAGAUCCUGGCAGGACAAGACUUCAGCAAGUUCCAGGUGAUCAAGCCCAAGCUGAUGGAGGCGGUGGAGGACAUGCUGGCCAACGACAUCGCCAAGCUGAUGACGCUGGUGCGCCAGGAGGAGGCCAACAUGCCCAGCCAGCAGGUGCAGGGCGGCGCCUUCGAGGGCACCAUGAACGGCCCGUUCGGCCACGGCUACGGCGAGGGCGCCAGCGAGGGCAUCGACGAGCUGGAGUGGGUGGUGGCGCGAGACAAGCCCACCUACGACGAGAUCUUCUACACGCUGUCGCCGGUCAACGGCAAGGUGUCUGGCAACAUGGCCAAGAAGGAGAUGGUCAAGUCCAAGCUGCCCAACACGGUGCUGGGCAAGAUCUGGAAGCUGGCCGACGUGGACAAGGACGGGUUCCUGGACGACGACGAGUUUGCGCUGGCCAACCACCUCAUCAAGGUGAAGCUGGAGGGCCACGAGCUGCCUACCGACCUCCCCGAACACCUGAUCCCACCCUCCAAACGGGGGCUGUAGACGGAGCAGGGCACAGCAGACGGGCGACAGUGGUCUCUGAGCCAGGGUGGGGUGGGGGUAGGGCAGGGUGGGGUUGAAGGGGUUAAAUUCAGAAGGAGUAAAAGGCGUACAGGUUUGCAUUCCAGAAUCUUCAAUGUUACAAAACAUCCCAAUCCACACAUGUAAUCUGCUGGCAUAUGUCUUCUUUUUUAAGAAAAAACAAAAAACAAAAACAAAAAGCAAAAAAAAAAAAAAACAACUGUAAUUUAGGCAUUUGUCUCGUGAUUAACAGGUUUUGAUCGUUGUGGUGCCUUGAAUGCAGCCUUUGGGGUAGGUGGGGGAUUCACAAGGGAAAAGUUUUGCAAGGCAAAGAUGGAGUUGGUAAAAUACACCCUAUUAAAUAACCAUAAAUAAAUAAUAUACAAAAAUGAAACUAACUUAUUCAACACAUGAAUUCCAGUGCUGUGAUAUUAUAGUAUGAACCAUUAUCUCCACUAUUAUUCGUAUAGCUUUGGGGCUGCAACCUAAGCCAAAUCUGAAAUGGUUUCUUAAUUACCAUUUUUAUUCUCAUUGAAAGUCUUCUGCCACACUGUAUGCAACAAUGCAUGUGAAACGCCCUCUAAUCUAAAUAUGAAAACGUCUGGCAUCUUUUAGCUGUUUCAUGUAGUUUUCUUCCAGGCUGUUCUCUCGGUGAAGGUUGAGCCCUUGUCAUGACACUCCUCAAUGUAAGAAUCAAGCAGUGGAACAAUCUCUCAACAAGGGUGGUAUUAACAGAGCUCUUGAGCAGUGGGAGAAGGGAGAAGUGUGUGUGUGUGUGUGUGUAGGUGUGUGUGUUUGUUUUUAUGUUUCAGUGUGCAUGAAUGUGUGUGUGUGUGUGUGUGUGUGUGUGUGUGUGCGUGUGUGCUGGUAAUAUGCCUGGGUCCACGUGUAGUCUCUUUAACACAUUACAUCUAAUUACAAAAGCGAUGAUUUCCACCCUGCGUAUGAUUCUGUUUUUUGACUUUGUUAGUUAUCAAAAGGCUGUCUAGUGCUUAGUGUAGUAGAGACACCAUUAACAUACAGUCACAUGCUGAACAGUGUUGUUCUUGUGCAGGCCUUAAAACAGUGGUGAUCUACUCAGUAAAGUUAUGACGGCAUUCAGCUUCAGAAGUUGCGAACACUACACUCAUCACAAUCUAUUUGUGUGGUGAAGCAAAUGUUGUCUGUUAAGUCAGCGUGAUGCACAUUAAUAUACAACAUAACUGUUUGUCUGUGUAGACGUUUCACAGGCCUUUCCAAAGAUUUCCCUGUUCUGUAGAAGAGUACAUGGCAAACAAGUCAAAAUGUUCUGCCUGUAUGUUCUGUAUGUUUCGUAGGACACCACUGUUUAUUAAAGAAAAAGACCUGUUUUGAAGCAAAAGUGCCUCCGAUUGCUACAAAAUGAAUAGAACAGCAGCCAUCCUCUAUAAAUAAUGUUCAUAUGUAUAUGUUUUAGUCUAUUUUGAAAUAAAAAUGUAUCACAUUAA